AUGUCUGAUUCAACGGUGACAACAAAUGAUAGUCAACGAGGAUCUCGAACUGAAUCUUUAUCAACACAGGACCAACCAUCAAUUAAAUCAACUACACGUCUCGGUAGUAUCUCGAAUGGUAGUAAUGGAAAAGAACAAGCAAUUUUACCAUCGACAAUAUCGCUAGAUGAUCGUUCAAAAUAUCGAUCACCUCUAGUUUCACGUUAUGCAUCAGCCGAAAUGAGCUACAACUUUAGUGAUGUAAAAAAAUUCUCAACUUGGAGACGUCUUUGGUUUUGGUUAGCGAAAUGUCAACAUCAAUUAGGCUUGGAUAUUAGCGAGGAGCAGUUAGAUGAAAUGGAGAAAAAUUUAACUAAUAUCGAUUUUGAUGUUGCCGAAGCUGAAGAACGUCGACGACGCCAUGAUGUUAUGGCGCAUGUGCAUACGUUUGCCCGGUGUUGUCCAAAAGCUUCACCAAUUAUUCAUCUUGGUGCUACAUCUGCUUUUGUUGGUGAUAAUGCGGACUUGAUUGUUAUGAGAGAUGGAUUUGACAUUCUUAUUAAUAAACUCGUUCGAUGCAUUCAACGUUUAACCGCAUUUGCACAAGAAUAUGCUUGUUUACCAACGCUUGGCUAUACUCAUAUGCAACCUGCACAAUUAACAACUGUGGGCAAACGAGCCUGUGUUUGGAUACAAGAUCUAUUAAUGGAUUUGAAGAAUUUCGAACGAGUUAAACGACAAUUAAAAUUUCGUGGAGUUAAAGGCACAACGGGAACGCAAGCAUCGUUUCUACAAUUAUUUAAUGGAGAUCAUUCAAAAGUCGAAGAUUUAGACCGAAUGGUUACAGAAAUGGCUGGUUUUUCAAAAGCAUUCAUUAUUUGUGCUCAAACAUAUACACGUAAACUCGAUGUUGAAGUUGUCAGUGUUCUUUCGAGUUUUGGUGGUACGAUUCAUAAGAUGUGUACUGAUAUUCGUUUAUUAGCCAGUUUGAAAGAAAUCGAAGAACCAUUUGAAAUCGAACAAAUCGGUUCAAGUGCAAUGCCCUAUAAACGUAAUCCAAUGAGAUGUGAACGAUGUUGUUCACUUGCACGCCAUUUAAUGACUUUAAUUAACGAUCCACUUGGCACACACUCAGUUCAAUGGAUGGAACGAACAUUGGAUGAUAGUGCUAAUAAACGCAUCUGUAUUCCUGAAGCUUUUCUCACGGCUGACAUUAUUCUUUUUACUUUAUUAAAUAUUUCCGAAGGUCUUGUUGUCUAUCCAAAAGUCAUUGAAAAACAUAUCAAACAAGAAUUACCGUUUAUGGCAACAGAAAAUAUAAUCAUGGCCAUGGUUUCUGCCGGUGGUAAUCGUCAAGAAUGUCAUGAAAAAAUUCGAACAUUAUCACAGAAAGCUGCUGAACGUGUUAAAAUCGAUGGUUUAGAUAAUGAUCUUGUUGAACGUGUCAAAAAUGAUCCCUAUUUUGCACCAAUAGUCAGUAAAUUGGAUGUUCUCCUUGAUGCAAAAACAUUUAUUGGAAGAGCACCUGAACAAGUUUAUGAAUUCAUCUCACGUGAAGUUGAACCAGCAUUGAAAAAUUUUGCAUCAGUCAAUCCCUUGAAUUUAACAAAAACAGCUGAAUUAACCGUUUAA